UGGUCUCUCUAUAUUCCAUUACCAUAGGCAUAGAGAAUGGAAGAAAAUCAAUGGAUGAAGAUCGUCAACGAAGAGUUGGGAAGACUGCCCUACACUUCAGAAGAGUCGGCACAUUGGAGCAAACAAUCCAUCUACAGAAUCCCGGCCUCCGUCACCGCCAUCAACCCCACAGCUUACACCCCAUAUCUCGUCUCAAUCGGCCCCUAUCACCAUGGCUCUGACAACACCAAGCCUAUGGAAAAGCACAAGCAUCGCGCCUUCCUCCACUUCCUCGAGCGAUCUAAGAUGCCGAUCCACGCUUUCUGGGAUGCCUUGGCGCCAGUCGCCCAGGAUCUCAAAGAGGCAUAUGAUGAGUUGAGUCCGGAAUGGCAAGACGACACACACAAGUUCCUACAGCUCAUGAUCAUCGACGGUUGCUUCAUCUUGGAAAUACUCCGCUCCAGCACCACAUUGACUAACGCCCCACCCCCGCCUUCCGAAGCCCAGCCGUCCAUCGUUAGAGAUUACGCGCCUAAUGAUCCCAUAUUCAGCCGCCACGGCAAGCUCUACUUUGUCCCUCAUUUGAGGCGAGAUAUGAUGAUGCUCGAGAACCAGCUGCCCCUUCUGGUCCUCCAAAAGCUGCUCGCCGUUCAGACAGGCCAGCCUUUCGAGGAGUAUGAUCUGACGAAACUCAUCCUGGGAUUCUUUGGGAAUUUCAUUCCCACCAGGAACAUGACCGAGUUCAACCACUGCAAUCACAUGCUAGAAAUAUUCAGGAAGAGAUUUCUACUCGAGGAGCACAAGGUCAGGGGCCCCAGCAGCAGGCACAUCCACGGUGUCGACAUAAUUCACCCCGUCAAGAAUCUUGUCGCGGGCGGGAUCAAAAUCAAGAGGAACAAAACAAGCAGCAUCAAGGAUAUAUUCUUCGACAGUGUGUACCGCGUGCUGAAACUACCUCAGAUCUCGUUGGAUGAAUCCUCAGAGUCGGUGUACCUCAACCAGAUGGCCUUUGAGCGUUUCCACGUGGGAGCAGGCAAUGAAGUGACUUCCUUCGUAUUUUUCAUGAACAACAUGAUCGGCAGCUCGAGCGACGUCACCAUUCUGCAGAAUUACGGCAUCAUUGAGAAUUUUAUCGGCAGCGAAGACGAUGUGGCAAAGCUGUUCCAGUCAUUGACCAAGGGCAUCACGCCCGAUCCGGAGAACAGCCUCGACGAGGUUCAUAGGCAGAUCGGUGAAUACUGCAGUAAGCCAUGGUCUCAGUUGAGAACUGAAAUCAUUAACACCUACUUCACCGAUCCCUGGGCUAUUACAGCCGCCGCCAUCUUGCUCUUCGUCCUCACCAUUCUUCAGACUAUUUUCUCUGUCUUAGCUUACACCAAUCCUCGCUAGUGAUUCAUCAUGUCACCUGCUCGUUUACAAUAUACUUAUGUUUACUUGUUUUAUUUUAUCUUGAUUUGAUUAUUCAAUGAACAUAAUCGAGUCGAGCAUUAUUAUAAUAUAAAAUAGUACUAUAAU